CGGGGCGCGGCCGGGCUCCGGCGGGCGCUGAGCGCGGCGGGAGCGGAGCGAGCGCCAGGUACCGAGCGCCCCCGAUCCCCGCGGCCGCCGCUCGCCCCCUGCCCCCUGCCCGCGGACGGGCCGGUGGGGCGCGAUGGCUUUGGUUAGUGUUGGAGACUCAUAUUUUUCUGAAGCUGAUGUUUUCCUAACACUUUCAGCUUGGCUUUAAAAGCUACUUCGCUGUAAUGUUUUAAAUGGUUAAAAAACCUCUAGGAUUUGAAGUUUAUUUAAAUUAAUUGAAGGAAGUACUUCUGGCCUCACCAAAGAAAUAACUGGAAUCAUGGAUCAGAACAACAGUUUGCCACCCUACGCUCAAGGCUUAGCCUCCCCUCAGGGUGCAAUGACCCCAGGAAUUCCAAUUUUCAGCCCAAUGAUGCCAUAUGGCACAGGACUGACACCACAGCCUGUCCAGAGCACCAACAGCCUGUCCAUAUUGGAGGAACAGCAGCGGCAGCAGCAGCAGCAGCAAGCAGCACAGCAAUCCACGUCACAGCAAGCGACACAGGGAACAUCUGGUCAAACCCCCCAGCUCUUCCAUUCACAGACUCUUACCACAGCUCCUUUACCAGGAACCACACCUCUGUACUCCUCUCCAAUGACUCCAAUGACUCCAAUAACUCCUGCAACACCAGCGUCAGAGAGCUCUGGCAUAGUACCACAACUACAGAAUAUUGUGUCUACAGUGAAUCUUGGUUGCAAACUUGACCUAAAAACUAUUGCACUUCGUGCCCGAAAUGCUGAAUAUAAUCCCAAGCGUUUUGCUGCUGUUAUUAUGAGAAUAAGAGAACCACGUACUACUGCACUGAUCUUCAGCUCUGGAAAAAUGGUGUGCACAGGAGCAAAAAGUGAGGAGCAAUCCAGACUGGCUGCAAGGAAGUAUGCAAGAGUUGUUCAGAAACUGGGUUUUCCUGCAAAAUUUUUGGAUUUUAAAAUUCAGAAUAUGGUGGGUAGCUGUGAUGUGAAAUUUCCCAUCAGACUGGAAGGAUUGGUACUCACACAUCAGCAGUUCAGCAGCUACGAGCCAGAAUUGUUUCCUGGCUUAAUCUACAGAAUGAUUAAGCCAAGAAUUGUUCUGCUUAUUUUUGUUUCUGGAAAAGUGGUUUUAACUGGUGCUAAAGUACGAGCAGAAAUUUAUGAAGCAUUUGAAAACAUCUAUCCUAUUUUAAAGGGAUUCAGAAAGACAACGUAACAGUUUCUACAUGUUUCAGAGAAAUCAGGGGUAUAUUUUAAAAGGUAUUGUGUAUGGCACAGCAGUAACAAGAAACGGACUUCCAGUGCAACUGAAACACCAGGACUUGGACUAUUUCCCAGUUAGUGCCUACUUCCCUGAUGCUCAAGGGGAACCGUUUUCUUGAAUAUGUCUACUGAGUUACUGUGAGUUGCUUUACUGGGCUGCUUCUGGAGCAGCCCCUCCAACUUUUAUUUAUAUUCUAGCUUUUAAAUAGUUUUAAUGCCAGUCCUAUUAAUAGAAAAUCUGUAAGAUGAUUUAAAGACAAAUGCAACUGUGUCACUCAGUGUAUAAACCACUUUAAUUGCCAUAUAUAUAUGUUUUAAGUUCCUUCCAUAAGACCAUGGUUUUUAUAACUUUCAGAAUUUUAGCUUUUAAAUUUUUUCAAUUUUAAAUUUCCUUGCUGUCAGACACAUUCCCUCUUUCCAGUAUUAAGCAACAUAGAAUGAAUUUAUUAAUUAAAAUGGCUCACUGUACAUAUAUAUAUAAUAUAUACCUUUCUUCACUUUCCUUCUUCAACUCCACAUGUACAAUAAACCCUGUUUAUACAGCUAUGGGAACUGUCUUAAUAAAUUUUAAAAUUACCCA